AUGCGUUGUCGCCAUCAAGGAGUCCGCGAGUGCCAGCGAGUGGUGACGGAGUGUCCCUCGAGGGCCCUCCCAGAUAAAGGGAACCCAUCUCAGGGACUCUCUCUGGUGCUGAGCUGUGGCACCAGCCCCGGAAAAGUGAUGCUGCAGCCGAAUCAGACCCUCCUCCUGGACUGCAACCCGGCUCCCGUAGAGCAGCUCCUCGACAUCACCUGGAUGAAGAACGGGCUUCGGGUGGCAGAAGAGGAGAACCUCCGAGUCCUCCCCGAUGGAUCUCUGCUCAUAUCAGCAGCCCGGGUGGCUUCAGAGGCGGGUGGCUCCCUCGGAGGGUCUGGCCUGGAGGGGAAUUACUCCUGCGUCUCCCGUAGAUCCCUGGGCUCCGUCGCGAGCCAAACGGUUCUGCUUCGUGACUCGACGUUGUCUCCAUUUUCCCAACAUCCAGAGUCCCAGACGGUGGAAGAGAACGGCGUGGCCCGUUUUGAGUGUCGGAUCGAAGGGCUGCCCACUCCGGAGAUCGCCUGGGAGAAGGAUCGCACGCCGGUUCCUUUGGAACCCAGGUUCAUCAUUCUCCCAAACGGGAUACUCCAGAUCAUAGAUGUGCAGGAGAGUGACACGGGGGCCUACCGGUGCGUGGCGAGCAACUGGGCAGGAAGACGCCAUAGCCUUGAUGCCGUUCUGAGCAUCGUGAAAGGUACUCAGCCACCAACCACAGGAGACGUGGCCAUAGCUGCUGCGCCGGAGAACACCACCGUGGCGGUUGGGGAAAGCGCUGUGCUGGAGUGCAUGGCUGCCGCGGAUCCGACGCCGUUUGUCUCUUGGAUACGGGAGGAUGGGAACCCCAUUUCCACCGAUGUGAUCGUGUUGGGACGGACCAACCUUGUGAUUCCUCACGCCCAGCCCCACCACGCCGGAGUGUACGUUUGCCGUGCCAAUAAACCCCAGACCAGGCAAUUUGUGACCGCCGCGGCUGAGCUCCGAGUCCUUGCUCCUCCGUCCAUCUCCCAGGCACCCGAAACCAUUUCCCGGACCCGAGCCAGCACGGCCAGGUUCGUCUGCCGGGCGGAAGGGGAGCCGCCUCCCAGCAUCCACUGGAUGAAGAACGGAGAGCCCCUCCUGUCCAACGGGCGGGUGAAGGCCCAGAGCGGCGGCACCUUGGUCAUCAACCAGAUCGGGAUGGACGACGCCGGCUACUACCAGUGUGUGGCGGAAAACCAGCUGGGCAUGGCGUGCGCCACUGCCCGGCUGGUGGUGAUCGUGCGGGAAGGGUUGCCAAGCGCGCCUAAGCAAGUGACGGCGAGCUCGCUCUCCAGCACGACCGUCUUAGUAUCCUGGGAACGGCCGGAGUUCAACAGCGAGCAGAUCAUCGGCUUCUCCCUGCAUUACCAGAAAUCUCUGGGCACCGACAACAUCGAGUUCCAGUUUGCGGUGAACAACGACACCACGGAAUAUCAGGUCAAGGACUUGGAGCCCAACACAAACUAUGUUUUCUACGUGGUGGCCUACUCGCAGCUGGGAGCCAGCCGGACGUCCUCGUCCAUCGUUGUCCGGACUCUGGAAGACGUUCCAGGUGCGGCGCCUCAGGUUUCGCUGUCAAGUACCACGCCGACAGACAUCAAAGUCACGUGGCCACCACUCCCUCCCGAACUGAGUAACGGGAAGAUCACCAAGUACAAAAUCGACUAUGCCCCCCUCAAAGAAGAUCUGAUCUCCUCCACUGAAGUUGGCGCCAACGAGACCCAGUUCACUCUUUACGGCUUGCACCCGAACAAAGUGUACAAAGUCCGCAUCGCAGCCAGCACCAGCGUGGGCUACGGAGCCCCUUCCGAGUGGACGCAGCAUCGUACCCCGGACAGGGACAACCAGACACAUGUUCCGUUUGCCCCGACCGAGUUAAAAGUCCGAGCCAAAAUGGAGUCUCUCUUAGUGACUUGGCAACCCCCGGCCAGCCACGCCCAGAUUUCAGGCUACAAGCUCUACUACCGAGAAGUGGCCGCCGAGGACGUGAGCGAAGAAAGUCCCUCCGAGGGCACGGACGACGGCCCGUGGGAUGUUGGCCCGAUAAAGCUGAAGAAGAAAGUCAAGCAGUACGAACUGACCCAGCUGGUUCCUGGAAGACUCUACGAGGUGAAGUUGGUGGCGUUCAACAAGCACGAAGACGGCUAUGCGGCAGUGUGGAAAGGCAAGACGGAGAGAGCGCCGGUCACCUCAGCUAACCCCCCAGUUCGGAAGGGCCCCCCGCUGCCCCCAGCCCACGUCUACGCGGAAUCCAACAGCUCCACGUCCAUCUGGCUGCGGUGGAAGAAACCCGAUUUCACCACGGUGAAGAUUGUCAAUUACACCGUGCGCUUCAGCCCUUGGGGUCUGAAGAACGCCUCGCUCGUGACGUACUACACGAGUUCCGACGAAGACAUCCUCAUCAGCGGCCUGAAGCCGUUCACCAGGUACGAGUUCGCAGUGCAGUCGAACGGCGUCGGCAUCGACGGGCCAUUUGGAAAUGUGGUGGAGUGGUUCACCCUUCCAGACAGGCCAUCCACGCCUCCCUCGGACCUGCGGCUGCACCCCCUCAACGCCUAUGCCGUCCAGGUCCACUGGUGUCCCCCGUCAGAACCCAACGGCAUAAUCGUGGAGUAUGUGAUCCUGUACAAUGCCAACAACACGCAACCGGAUGAGAUGUGGACUCUCCUGACAAGAGAGGGCAAUACGUUCAGCACCGAAGUACACGGGCUGGAGAGUGACACCAGGUACUUCUUCAAGAUGGGAGCAAAGACGGUCGUCGGGUCCGGCCCAUACUCAAACGUGAAGGAUGUGCAGACCCUGCAGGAGCGGUUUUCAGAUCUCUUGGACGUUCACUCGGUCACCGGGAUCAUCGUGGGAGGCUGCCUGGGCCUGCUCUGCAUUCUCUUCUGCAUGUGCGCCACCUUCCACAGCAACAAACCGAGGGCGUCAGUGCCAGGUCUGGAUGCCCAAGCCGCUGGGAACCACGUGUACUAUCUCCGGAACCGGCAGCCGCUGCCUCCCACCGUGACUCCAUCCGAUUCUCAUGAGCUGCAGUCUCUCAUGUCCCCGCUGCCUGAGCAUGCUCCGUCACCCCCCAAAGACGUCAUGGAACUGACGGAAGCGCAGGGCCUUAUCCGGGGCCAUCUUUUGGAGGACAGUGCCAGCCACGUCAAAAGGAAGCCACCUUCGGAUAAGCCACCCGAGAGCUGGCCAGGCAGCUACGGAGAGACCAUUGCAAACGAAGCAACCAUUGCUUUGAACGGAGCCUUGAAGAUGGCAUCCAACGGGGGGCAGAACCUCUUGUUGCACGCGUUGGUGUAUGAGGCUGUUACGAACGAAGGGAAGAGGGAGCAAGUGCCCGGCACCCUCAACCAGAUGGAAGCGGAGGUCAUCGUCCAUUCUGAUUUCUUGGCCUCCAACAGAGGUUACGACUCACAGCUCCGCAUGCUGGACAUAGAAGGGCCCCUGGCUGAGAACCGGGGCCCAAAACACCUCCCAGCGCAGGGGGGCCCGUCUCAGAAGGCUUCUGUCAGCCACUCCGAGGAGAGCCCGGAAGAAGAGAGUGACCCCGAGGCCUCUGACGUGUUGUUAAGGCCUGAGAGGCAGACUCACAAGAUGGCUGCCGGGUUUCCCGGGCCUGUGGAACGCCUUGACUCGGUGGGGAGCAGGGACUUCCUUCGGGGAGAGGGAGAGAGCGCAGGCCCUGCCCCCUGUGACGUUUUCCCCCAAAGCCAGUCACAGGUCUUGCUGUGUGGGGGCCUGUCUAGUCUAAUCCGUUCUCCCACAGCAUUUGAGAAUGUAGCAUGCACAGACCAUCUCUGAAGAGAGCGUUUGACGAAAUUGUUGGCCCCGGCAGAGCUAGAAAUCGCGUAACAUCUUCGGCGGUACUAAACAGCCUCAUAAUUGGGAGUUUGGGUGAAAAGGAGAGGAGGGGCCGUGGCUCAGCGGCACAGCAUCUGCUCGGCAUGUGGAAGGUCCCAGGUUCGA